UCCUAAAACAAGAAAACAUUUUGAAGAGCAGAAACAGAGAUUUUCUCGGAAAAUUUAUUCUCCAAGAAAAUUUACAUUUUUUUCUUUCAAUCAGACCAAAAGGUUUGAUUUUUUUUUUUUUUUCAAUCUGUACGUUUCUUUCUUCUCUUCUCCAAUCUCUGUUUCUGACAAAAGAUCCUGUUUUGCUAAGCUUUUCACUAUAAAGAUUCAAUCUUUCAUGUAAAGGUUAAGUCUUUUUGUGAUUCUUUCUUGUGGGUUUUAUUGAAUGGGUUUCAAGGUUUGAGAGUUAGGGUUUAGAGCUUUAAGUUUGUUAUUUGGGUAAGCUUGUGUGGAGAUGGGAGAGUUUGAGGUGGUAGAUGGAGAAGAGAAAUUGAUUGUUGCUGCUAAGUAUCUUGUGAAGGAGAUUAGAUCUGGUAAGAGUUUUACUAAUGAGGCUAAGAAGGUUUUGGGGAAUCUUUUAGUAGAGUUGUCUCGUGUGGUAGUGAUAUCUGAAGAUAGAGAUGAGGAAGAUGAAGUAAGUGAGAUUGAGGAAAGGCUUAAUGUUGUUAGUGAGAAGAUUAUGACUAGGGAGGUUGAUGAAUCAAUGAUUUGGGAUUUGGGUUCAGGUGAAGGGAGUUUGUAUUUGGAUGCUGUGAAUGAGUUGAGAAGUUUGAUUGAUCGGUUGGACGGUUCAAAGACUGGGAACGAGGAGGUUUCUUUGAGGAAAGCUCAUGAUGUUCUUCAAACGGCGAUGGCACGGCUUGAGGAGGAGUUUAAGCAUCUUCUUGUGGAGAAUAGAUUGCCUUUUGAGAUUGAACAUACUUCGUUUCGGUCUAUUGAAGCGGAUCAUGGUGUGGAAGAAGGUUCCAUGGCUUCUUUUGGUGCUGCUUCUACUGAGGAUUUGAUUCUUGGAAGCAAUAACAAUAGUAGGAGAAGCUCAGGGGAAAUCGUGGUUGAUUUGAUUAAUCCUGAUGUUAUAUCAGAUCUCAAGAACAUUGCAGAUACUAUGAUUGCUUCGGGAUAUGAUCGCGAGUGUAUCCAGGUAUGUACAAUGGUUAGAAAAGACGCGCUGGAUGAGUUUCUUUAUAGCCAUGAGGUUGAGAAGUUGAGUAUUGAAGAUGUUUUGAGGAUGGACUGGGCGACGCUGAAUACGAAUAUCAAGAAAUGGGUUCGGGUUAUGAGAAAUAUUGUCCAGAUAUAUCUCUUAAGCGAGAAGUCUCUGGAUAGUCAGAUCUUUGGGGAUGUGAACGAGAUUGGUCUAACAUGUUUUGUUGAUACAGUAAAGGCUCCGAUGAUGCAGUUGCUCAAUUUUGGUGAAGCUGUGUCUCUUGGUCCACGACAACCCGAGAAACUGCUUAGGAUUCUUGAAAUGUAUGAGCUAGCAUCCGAGCUUUUACCAGAGAUCGAUGCUCUUUUCACGGAUCAGCCUGGUUCAUCUGUUAGAACAGAAUACAGGGAGGUGAUGAGGAGACUUGGGGACUGUGCAAGAACAACAUUCCUUGAAUUUAAAAGCGCCAUUGCUUCGGAUGUCUCAUCUCAUCCUUUCCCAGGAGGAGCGGUUCACCCGCUUACAAACUACGUGAUGAACUACCUCAUGGCGCUAACAGAUUUCAGCCACACGCUCGACUCUCUUCUUAUGGAACACGACGAUGUAGAAGAACUACCACCAUCGCCGGAUAUUAUCAAUCCUGUGAUGGUCGAAGAAGAGUCUACUCACGAACACUCUUCUUCACCAGAAAAGUUUCUCGCAAUGACCCAACAUUUCUACUCCAUAACCUCGGUUCUCGAAACCAAUCUUCAAGAGAAAUCAAAACUAUACAGAGAUAUCUCUCUGCGACACAUUUUUCUCCUCAACAACAUACACUACAUGACCCGGAAAGUGCUAAAGUCCGAGUUGAGACACAUCUUCGGCGACAAAUGGAACCGAAAACAUACAUGGAAGUUUCAGCAGCAAGCAACAGAGUACGAACGUGCCACUUGGCUCCCUGUCCUAUCCUACCUCAAGGACGAUUCUGGUUCAGGCUCAGGCUCGGGUUCAAGAAACUUACGCCCAAGGGAGCGGUUUCAAGGAUUCAACACCGCGUUCGAGGAAGUAUACAAGUCCCAAACUGGUUGGCUAAUUUCAGAUGAAGGGCUAAGAGAAGAUGUGAGGACAAAGGCAUCUAUGUGGGUGAUCCAAGCAUACUGGACAUUUUACAGUAGACACAAGAACACUGUAAGUGAAAGGUAUACUAAGUACACUACUGAUGAUCUUGAGAGACUCUUAUUAGAUCUCUUUGCUGGUUCUCCUAAAUCCUUGAACAAUUCUUACAGAAGAUGAUGAUGAUGAAUUGUAUUUGGUGAUUCUUAUGAUACUUAUUUUUAUGUUAUACGUAUAGAAAAAUACAUGUAAUUUGCUUCAUUUGUAUUGAAUUUAUUUGACCUUUGUAAUCUUUAUAUUCAUCAUUUCAUUGAAUAUGUUUUAGUGAAAUAAAAGUCUUUGUUGUUUGUU